AUGGCGUCGAACGAGAGAUCUUCGUUGAUGACUCAUGUCCAAUCCAAAGCAACCAAAGUGGCUUUUUGCAUUUUGAUCCUUGUUUGGGGUGUAUGGAUGUUCUCCGCCGAGAUACGACUUCUCCGGGACACGACUGUGACGCCAAAUCUGUUAUCGACGGGAGCCGAGUCAGAGGAAACGAAUCAAUACGACGCUGCCGAUGCUGCAUUGAUAGGGCUUUGCAGUGAAACACAAUGGACGAACGGACUUUGGCUGAGCUGCCACAGCGACUGCGGACCAAACAAAACAUCUAUUUGUGGUGGAGUUAACAACGCACGCAACAGACUUCAAACUUGCUUGCGCCUGGCCAUUGAGAUCGGCGCUGGGGUCAUAUUUCCAUACGUGACGGAGCGUUCCGAGGAUAAUCUUGGAGAAGUCCAGCAUAGCGUCAUUUGCCCAGACAGAUGGUGGGACAUGGAGAAGCUGACAGAGUCGAUGGGCGAGCUUUGCCCCGGCAUGCAAAUCUCGCCGUGCGAUGAGAACCCGAAUAUCGAUCGCAUCGUGCCCCUCACGCCACGGCACUAUAAGGAGCGGCCACACUACAACACCACCUUCAGUACGUUCGUUACCAACGAUCUUGCUGCCAAAGGAGUCUCUAUGGACGACGUGACACCAGAGAAUCCGCUGCUGUUGCGCUAUUCCGAUAGCCAUAUAGCGUGGGACUACCGCGCUUCGGGCGAGUUGAGCACACUGCGCAAGGCGUUGUUUCGUGCGUUGCCGCACAACAGGACGCUCCUGGCCAUCGGCGACGAAGUUUUCGAUUCCGAUGGACUCCAGGGUGGGAACUACGUUGGCAUCCACUUACGUGCCGAAUACGACUGGCCAACAUACUGGGGGACGCCCGCCCGGCAGAUGGAGAUGCAUGCCGCCGAAGUUCGCCGCAUGAACGCGGGAGCGUCGGAACCCACCACCAACAUCUACAUUAGUUGCGGCGACCGGGCAACUAUCCAAACUUUUCGCGACCUCAUGGCAGCCGAUAACUACACUGUUCACGACAAGUGGACUUUACUGGCGGACCGCCCUGAGUUACUAGACAUUGUCGACCAUCUACCGUUCGACCAGAAGGGCGUGGUCGAGUACAACGUGCUUGUGCGGGGCCGGUACUUCCAGGGAAAUCUCAUCUCCACCAUGUCAUCGCUGGUAACGUACACACGGACUAUGGACCAACCGGACUUCUUCAAGACGUACAUCUACCCAAAUACUCAACGCUGGGGCUUGGAUCGGAUCUACGUCGAGCCUCUGAUAAUGAAGGGGGAUCAAUAUACCAAGGAGUUUGUGAUUGAUGGUCAGGAUAUUAUGGACGCCUUCCCGUAG